GCCAGCCCUCCACUGUCCGAAUCACUCCCUCCCCCACACCGCCUACUGCUCCAGCCCACAAGGCCACUCUUGUCUGCUGCCACUAGCCAGCACCCAUACGGAGCCAGCAGCCCGACACUCCUGCCCGGUUCAGGACACACAGCCGUUUUCGGGCCACUUUGACACUCGUCGCCGCGGAAGACAUGGACCAGCUCCCCAAGCUCGCGGCCAACUACGCGCCUCUCAGCCCGGUGGGCUUCCUGCCGCGCGCCAAUGCCGUCUACGGCGACCGCGCCUCCCUCGUCUACGGCCGCGUGCGCUUCACCUGGAGCCAGACCCACGAGCGCUGCCGCCGCCUCGCCUCCUCCCUGCUCCUCACCCUCGGCGUCCGCAGGAACGACGUCGUCUCCGUGCUCGCGCCCAACGUGCCGGCCCUCUACGAGAUGCACUUCGCGGUGCCCAUGGCCGGCGCCGUCCUCAACACCGUCAACACCCGCCUCGACGCCGCCGCCGUUGCCGCCAUCCUCCGCCACGCCGAGGCCAAGCUCUUCUUCGUUGACUAUGAUUACGUGCGCCUCGCCAGCGACGCGCUCCAGCUGAUCGCCGCUGCCGGCGCGCCCGUCCCGCUCGUCGCCGUCAUCGACGACCUCGACCGCCCCACCGGCGUCCGCCUCGGCGAGCUCGAGUACGAGGCGCUUGUCGCGCAUGGUGAUCCCACGGUCGAGCUCCCGGAGCUGCAGGACGAGUGGGACGCGGUCACGCUGAACUAUACGUCCGGCACCACGUCCGCGCCCAAGGGCGUGGUCUACAGCCACCGCGGCGCUUACCUCAGCACCACCAGUUUGCUCAUGUCCUGGGAGGUGGGCACCGAGCCGGUCUAUCUGUGGACGCUCCCCAUGUUCCACUGCAACGGCUGGACCUUCACCUGGGGCAUGGCGGCGCGCGGCGGCGUCAACGUCUGCAUCCGCGAGAACCGCCCCGCUGAGGUCUACCGCGCCAUCGCCCGCUACGGCGUCACCCACAUGUGCUGCGCGCCCGUCGUCUUCAACAUCCUCCUCGAGGGCGGCGACGCCACCGCGCGGCUCGCCAAGCCCGUCAACGUCCUCACCGGCGGCGCCCCGCCGCCGGCCGCGCUGCUGGAGCGCGUCGAGAAAAUCGGCUUCAACGUCACGCACGCCUACGGGCUCACCGAGGCCACGGGCCCCGCGCUGGCGUGCGAGUGGCGCGCCCAGUGGGACAACCUGCCGAUCUCGGAGCGCGCGCGCCUCAAGGCCCGGCAGGGCGUCAGCGUGCUCUCCCUCGCCGACGCCGACGUCGUCACCGACGACGCCGCGAUGGCCAGGGUGCCGCGGGACGGGAAGACGAUGGGGGAGAUCGUGCUCCGAGGCAGCAGCAUCAUGAAGGGGUACCUCAACAACCCGGAGGCGAACGAGAAGGCGUUCAGGGGCGGGUGGUUCAUGACAGGCGACGUCGGCGUGGUGCACCCGGACGGGUACAUCGAGAUCAAGGACAGGUCCAAGGACGUGAUCAUCUCCGGCGGCGAGAACAUCUGCAGCAAGGAGGUGGAGGAGGCGCUGUUCCGGCACCCGGCCGUGGCCGACGCGGCGGUGGUGGCCAUGCCGCACGCGCACUGGGGCGAGACGCCGUGCGCGUUCGUGGUGGCGAAGGACAAGGCGGCCGGGGUCUGCGAGGACGACGUGAUGGCCUUCUGCCGCAAGCGCAUGGCGCGCUUCAUGGUGCCCAAGAAGGUGGUGGUCUGGGACGUCCUCCCGAGGAACGCGCUGGGCAAGGUCGAGAAGGUGAAGCUACGGGAGGAGGCCCGGAAGCUGGUGCCGGCCGUGGCAGUGGCGCCGCCGGCGCAGAAGACGAAGGGGAAGCCGACGACGAAGACGGUCGGCGGCGGGCGCCGGGACGAGCACGCGGUGGAGCAAGUCAUGGCCAUGUCAAGGCUAUAGGGCAUGCAGAGCGCCAUUGCCAACAACAAGCAUACGUACGUGCGUUCCUACGUGCAUUUUCUUCGUGAUGUCGUACGGUUUGAAACCAUGGUGGUCAGGUCAUUAAGAGGUCUACGUGUGUUGGUAAGAAGUACAGUAGGAACUUGGCACCGUGCAUGCAGGCGUGCCAACGUUGCAGAAAUAAGCAGGGAGUGCGGUUAAGACUAAAGAGAGCUAGCCGUGAAAAGCUCUAUUCUGUAUAGGAUGAAACGAGGUCUGUGUUAGUGCAGUGGCACCAAACUGUUUUUUACUCUGUUUUUGUCUUCUUUUUCUGAUGAUCAAUUGGAACUUUCAUAUAUG